CUCUUGCGUGGCUUAUUAUUUAUCCCUAUGAUCCCUUGCAGCAGCAUUUGAAAUGGAAGACAGGACAGAAACACCUUUUUUUUUCUUUCUUUCAAAUUAGCCUUCUAAUUUAGGGCUUAAAAUACGGAUUUAAUGGUGAAGAUAAAAGCUUCUCGUGGUAAAAGAGAAUUGGGGAAGAGGGAAACUCCACCAGCAAGUGUGGUACCAUUUCCUGAAGAAGCUAAAUGGAUAAGAAACCUACCACCAGGAAAGGGCCACCUUUCUGUUCAUUACGCUAUGGGCUGGCUCUCAUCAUGCACUUUUCCAACUUCACUAUGAUAACCCAGCGAGUGAGUCUAAGCAUUGCAAUCAUUGCCAUGGUGAACAUCACUCAGCUGCAUGGUCCGGCUAAUGCCUCCACAGAGGAACACUGGAUAGACAGCCUCAACAAUCAGAACAGCUCUAUUAAGGAAUUUCAUGCAAGGGCCUCUGUAUAUCAGUGGAGCCCAGUGACUCAGGGUAUCAUCUUUAGCUCCAUCAGCUAUGGAAUAAUAAUGACACUGAUCCCAAGUGGAUAUUUAGCAGGGGUACUUGGAGCAAAACACAUGCUUGGUGCUGGUUUGCUGAUUUCUUCUCUUCUCACUCUUUUUACACCAUUGGCUGCUGACUUGGGAGUGAGUUUGGUCAUUGUGAUUCGGACAAUCCAGGGCAUGGCCCAGGGAAUGGCAUGGACAGGUCAGUUUACAAUUUGGGCAAAAUGGGCUCCUCCACUUGAACGAAGCAAGCUCACCAGCAUUGCAGGAUCAGGGGCAGCAUUUGGGUCCUUCAUCAUCCUCUGUGUGGGGGGAUUAAUCUCACAGACAUUGGGCUGGCCUUUUAUCUUCUACAUCUUUGGGAGCAUCGGCUGCGUCUGCUGUCUCCUGUGGUUCACAGUGAUUUAUGAUGAUCCCCUGAAUCACCCAUGUAUUAGUGUCAGGGAAAAAGAAUACAUUGUGUCCUCCCUGACUCAGCAGUCCAGUUCUCCUAGACGAUCUGUUCCCAUAAAGGCUAUGGUCAGAUGUCUACCACUUUGGGCCAUUUUCAUAGGGUUUUUCAGCCAUUUCUGGUUAUGCACCAUUAUUAUAACGUAUCUACCAACGUACAUCAGCACUGUGCUCCACGUUAACAUCAGAGAUAGUGGGGUUCUGUCUUCUUUGCCUUUUAUUGCUGCCUCAAGCUGUACAAUUUUAGGAGGUCAGUUGGCAGAUUUCCUUCUCUCCAGGAAUCUUCUCAGCUUAAUCGCCGUGCGAAAACUCUUCUCAUCCCUAGGCUUACUCCUCCCAUCCCUUUGUGCUGUGGCCCUGCCCUUUGUGGCAUCCAGUUAUAUGACGACCAUUAUUUUGCUGAUACUUAUUCCUGGAACCAGCAACCUGUGUGACUCUGGGUUUAUCAUCAACACCCUUGAUGUUGCUCCCAGACAUGCAAGUUUCCUCAUGGGAAUCUCAAGGGGAUUCGGGCUUAUUGCAGGAGUCAUCUCUUCAACCACCACUGGAUUCCUUAUCAGUCAGGAUUCUGAGUCUGGCUGGAGGAAUGUAUUUUUCCUGUCUGCUGCUGUCAACAUGUUUGGUCUCAUCUUUUACUUCACAUUUGGACAAGCACAAAUCCAAGACUGGGCCAAAGAAAGACCUGUUACCCGCCUCUGAAAGAUGUAGUGUCACAAACUUAAAUAUAGUCACAACCCUUAACUUUGUAAACAUUGUUUGCUUAUCAUAGGCCACCCUCCUCUUCUCAAAUUAUUUCAACAGAAUUAUUUUCUUGUUUUAGAACAGUCCUUGAAUAAUACUCUGAGUCUCAAAACAGUUGAAAAGUUCCAUAGUAUAGUUCCUAUACCAUAGUAUAGGGCCUUAAGGUAUUAAAAUGUUAAUUUAGCUUUGAACAGAAUUUUUGCUCCACAAAUUUUCUUCUUCAAAAC